AUGAAGAGGUCCCAGCGCGCUGGCGCCCUCAUGAACGUGCUCAGAUCCUUCGAGGCCGAACGCCAUACCGGAUGUCCUCUCAAGGACUUUUUGUGUGACUCUGGCGGUGAGGUUCAUAGUCUACUCUGGCACCAUGACGGCUCUCCGCUACCGUACCACCUAUCAGCCUUGAGCAGACGAAUUGGACAGACCGCGGGAUUCGUCGCCAUCAUUCUGUCGCAUUUCACUGACGCCGAGCUUUACAACGCUAUGCAUGUCAACAAGGCCUGGGGUAAGGAGGCUGUCCGCCUCUUGUGGCACAGUCCGGUCGACGGACGACCUGUUGCAUCAAGCCUCGCAGAUGAAGAUGUCGCCAGCCAUGCCACCCUUAUGCGUCACUUGGAGGACACGCAACACCAGAGGAAGAUCGAUGAGGAUGGCUCGGGCUACUCUUUCCCAUUCUCCUUCACCUGUGACCUACCUGUUCUGCCCCGCUUGACCAGCAUUGAGUGCAGGUAUGCCUCUCUAGGCAACAGGACUGUCGAGAAGCUCAACACUCUGUUCGUGCCCACUAUCAAAACCGUGUUCAUGUACGACUACGCCGAUCGCGACGUACGCCAUGCAGAUGUCGAAGAGGACAGUCGAUGGUUCAAAUUAAUGAGCCAGAAUUGUCACCAUCUGGAAGAUAUCACACUGGGCGUUGAACCCCUCAUCUCCACCAAGGAGUUGGCGCGAUUCCUCCAGACUCAACCUUUUUUCAAGUCCAUAUCUCUUAGUUUGAACUCCGAGCACCUUCUUGUGGAUGGUCUUGCUCCAUACUUGGAAAGCUUUGAGAUGACGGUUGAAUCCCGGGUUACUCGCAUGAACAAGUUCGCUCUCAGACGGCUGCCGAAGAUUCAUGCUCUGGAAUACCUGAAGAUUAAUUUCUGCGGUUGCGAGCUUAGCGGCAACGACCCUCUGCCUCUCCAGUACCUGCAAAAGCUCACAUCUCUCUGGAUCGUCCCGGACGAGGAGGUGGAUGACCUGGAGCAUAAGUUCACAGGCACUGCUGCAGAGCUCCUUACGCUGGUUAUCGCCAUGCCGAACUUGGAGCACAUGACCAUAAGCACCCCUUGUGACUGCCUGCUUCGUGAGGUAGAGCUUUACGGUGACGAGUCCUGCGCUGACGACAAGAGAACUUGGUGCUGGGGCUUUUGGGAACGUCCGGGCUACCUUGAGUAUCUCCGCUACCUUGCCGAUGAGGAGCUCAAGGAAGCUCUGAGCACCAUUGAGCAGGCCUGA